CCGCGCCAGCCCGCCGCGGUUGCCAGGCAACGCGCGGUCCCGGCAGCUGGUAGCGUGGGGUUCCGCGGGGCCAUGGGGCCGCAGGGCCUCGCGCCGCUCCUGCUUAUGCUCCUGGAUUGCUGGGCCUCCGUGAGCGCCCAGACCAGGGCCCCUCAGCCUGUGACGACGGAAGGCCUCAACUCUGCGGAGGCGGCCCGGACGACUCUGCGACCCGCCUUGUCUCCUAGGCCCCCUGGAACCCCCAAGGCCCCCGUGCCAUCCUCUGGCCCCAGGCCCACCCCGGUCACGGACGUUGCUGCUCUGUGUGUCUGUGACCUGACUCCAGCACAGUGUGACGUCAAUUGCUGUUGUGAUCCUGAUUGCAGCUCCAUGGAUUUCAGUGUCUUUUCUGCCUGUUCAGUUCCAAUUGUCACGGGCGAUAGUCAGUUUUGUAGUCAAAAAGCAGCCAUCUAUUCAUUGAAUUUUACAGCAAAUCCACCUCAAAGGAUAUUUAAACUUGUUGACCAGAUUAAUCCAUCUAUUUUCUGCAUUCAUAUUACAAACUAUAAACCUGCACUAUUCUUUAUUAAUCCGGAAGAGCCUGAUGAAAAUAAUUUUGAUAAAUUGAUGGAAACAUCUGAAGGAUUUUCCUUGAAUUCAGAAUCAGAGCUUUCUUUCACAACCCAGUUGGACACUCCAGAUACUGCUAAAUAUAAGUAUGGGGUUCAUCUGCAGACUUCAGAUUCAUUCUUGAGAUUUCCCUCUCCCCUUACGUCAUCUCUGUGCACUGAUGAUAACCCUGCAGCAUUUCUAGUGAACCAAGCUGUUAAGUGCACCAGAAGGAUCAAUUUGGAACAGUGUGAAGAAAUUGAAGCCCUGAGCAUGGCUUAUUACAGCAGCCCUAAAAUUUUGAGGGUACCUGGUUUAAGAGCAAAGGCAGAGAUCCCUAUCACUGUUCACUCCAUCCUCAUUCAGUCUCUGAAUAAAACACUAACCCAACUGGAGGACACGGUCAUGUUGAAUCAGACCCUGGUUGAGGCUGGGCAUGUUAAAAUCUGCACUAACGUCGUUCUUGAGGUGAAGUACAGCCUCACAUACACAUCUGCAGGUGAGAUAACACAGGCUGGCCUCUCUCUCCUUCUGGGGACAGUGAGCCAGGCAGUAGUUCCACUGGAGCAGAAGUUUGAAAUUCAUUUCAUUCAGCAAAAUACAAAGCCAGUUCUUCUCAGUGGAAACCCUGGCUAUGUUGUGGGGCUCCCAUUAGUUGCUGGAUUUCAGCCUCAGAAGGGAUCUGGGAUUAUUCAGACCAUGAACAGAUACGGACAAUUUACUGUUCUUCGUAGCACAGCGGAGCAGGACUGCUUAGCAGUAGAGGGGAUCCGGACCCCAGUGUUAUUUGGUUAUGAUAUGCAAUCUGGCUGUAAACUAAGACUGCCUCAAGCCAUCACGUGUCAGCUCGCAGUGAAGAAAGUAAAGAACCUCCUGAAGGGCCAAGGCUUCCCAGAUUAUGUUGCCCCUUUUGGAAACUCCCAGGCCCAGGAUGUGCUGGACUGGAUCCCUGUCCACUUCAUCACCCAGGCAUCCCACAUGAAGGAUUCUUGCCAGCUCCCAGUGGCUUUGUUUAUAGAAGUGAAGUGGACCAAAUACGGGUCCUUACUGAACCCACAGGCUAAAAUUGUAAACGUAACUGCAAGUCUCAUUUCAUCCCCCUUUCCUGAGACCGACUCAGGAAAUGAGAGGACGGUUCUUAUUUCCACUGCGGUUACUUUUGUGGAUGCGUCUGCACCUGCGAAGGCAGGCUUCAGAGCUCGGCCAACCAUCAAUGCCAGGCUGCCGUUUAAUUUCUUCUUUCCGUUUGUUUGACGAGGAGAUGGAGCCAGGACCUGGGGGUCUACUCCCAGGCUCCACCCACCCAGCACUCCCUCUGUGGCUACCCCGAGCAGGGGCCAUACCGUUGAUGAUCCGGGCCACCCGCCACAGCCGGAGCAGAAUCAGCAGCCCAAGAGCCUCAAACUCAUGCUUCUGGAACAGGAGGACAAGGUCGAGGAUGAAGGAAACCACCACCACAAAGGUGUCCAGGAUUUCAAAUUUGUGGUGAAAGAACUCCAAGCGGAAGACAAAUAAUUUUAAAAAAACCUCCAUCAUAAAAAGCGUCAAGAUGGCAAAGCUUGAGUAGUGGAACACCUGGAGAUGACAGAGGAGGCAGAGUGAGAACAGAUCCAGGGCUGGCCACAGGCUGGGGCACGGCACACAGAGGACCUGGCCUUGAGCGCACCUGCCCGGGCACCAGAGAGUGAAUGCAUUCGUCUGACCCAUCCCAAACUCCACCAGAGCUCUGCUCCAACUGGGGCUACAGCUGGGGCACCGCAGACAAGGGCUCUGCUCUGCCUCUCUGCUCCCAAUGGCAGGAUUGAAAACCUCCACCAUGCCCUUUGGCCCAGUAAUUCCAAUGCUAGGAAUUUAGCCUAAAGCUAUGCUCUCUCACAUGUGCACAAAGGCAUGUUGUAGCAAUAUUUGCUGCAGCAUCAUUUGCAGACAAAAGACUUUCUACAUCAUUUGUAGAAUAGAAAUAUCUGUUAGAGGGCACUUGUCAAAUGCAUUACAGUGCCUCCAAAUGGAGCUCUAUGUAAUUAUUAAAGACCAAGGCUGACUCUUAAGUACUGACUAGAAAUGAUCACCAAGGUAGAUGGUAAUUAAAGAGGGUUGCCAGAUCUUGAUUUAUAAGUACUAGUUUUCAUUCAAGUAACCACUUCCAUUCUAGGACAGGGAAAGUACAAAGUGACCUGGGACAUUAUAUUGGGCCAGAAAGCAAGGAAAUGCUCAAAGAUGCUCAAACAUGUAGUCAUGUUAAAAGGAUAUAGCAGUCAGCUUAAAGAGACUCACAGUGACCAAAUUUAGUGGGGCAAUUCGGACACUGAACAGAAUAACUAUGAUUGUAAUACACUGAAUAAAAAAAAUAAUCUAUGAGUCCUUAGUGAUACACACAAACAUGGGGAAAAAAGGAAAGCUCCUCUUUAUAUAUAUAAAAAAUAAAACACCAAAAAACCCCACCUACUAGAUGUAAAAUGAGUGCUAGAAAUCUCAGUUUGCAUCCCCCAGUGUAUUCAUUGACUUAGGCAGUGACCAUCAGGUGGAUGCUAAUUGGGGAUGAGGAUCUUUACAUGGCAGUCAAGUGUCACUGUGCAGAUUAUUUAUAACUGCAACAGGAAAGUGCCCCUGGACAGUGGAACAGCUCAGCAUUUACUACCUUAAGUGAUCCCACUGAGUAUCAGUGAUAGUGACGUGCCACGCUAUAAGGAAAACAGCCCAUCAGCCAAGCACUGAAAAGUGCUAACUGGACCCUUGCUAACUGGACCUAACCUCUGGUGUACAGAGGUUACAGAACAAGGACAAUGUAAGAAUAUGAACAAGUUGAAGGACCUCUGGGGAAACAGACAAGUCCAGAAUGUGGGACAUCCUACAAAAUGACUGGCUAGAUUCUGGGCAGGGGGCAAGGUGGGAGGAUUCUUCUAGAUUAAAAGAGACUGAGGAGAUACAACCAAGUAGCAUGUCAGAAGUCUGGUUUGAAGAGAAAAAAGCAUUAUAACAGAUAUUCGUGGGACAAAUGAGGGAAAUUUGAAUAUAAACUGGUUAUGGAAUUAUAAUUUUUUAAGUGUGGUAAUGUGAUUACGGUUCUGUGAGAGAAAGAUCUUAUUCUGAGGCAUAUUGAAGAAUACUUCAAUAUGUGUGUCCUGAUGUCUAACUUACUUUCAAAUAGUCAAGAAUACAUGAGUGUGUUUGUGGAUAUAUAGAGAAAUAAAGCAAAUGUAGCAAAAAGUG